UCAUCGAGGAGGCCAACUGGCUCACCCUGGAGAAGGACCUGGAGAAGCCAGGGGAUGGGUUUGACGCAGUUAUCUGCCUGGGCAACUCCUUCGCACACCUGCCUGACUUCAAAGGGGACCAAAGUGACCACAAGCUGGCCCUGAGGAAUAUCGCCAGCAUGGUGCGGCCUGGGGGCGUCCUGGUCAUCGACCACCGCAACUAUGAUCACAUCCUGGCCACAGGCUGUGCACCACCUGGCAAGAACAUCUACUACAAGAGCGACUUGACCAAGGACAUCACCACCUCGGUGCUGCUGGUGAACAACAAGGCGCACAUGGUGACUCUGGACUACACUGUGCAGGUCCCCCCCACAGAGGCGGGGGCAGCUCCGGAGCUGAGUAAGUUUCGGCUGUCUUACUACCCGCACCGGCUGGAGGCCUUCACCACCCUGCUGAAAGGCGCCUUCCAGGGGAAGUGCCAGCACAGUGUCCUGGGUGACUUCCAGCCCUACACGCCGGGGCAGGCCCACGUCCCCUGCUACUUCAUCCAUGUUGUGAAGAAGAUGGCUUGAGGGGGCUGUGGAGAUGGGGACUGUGGUGGCUGAGAGCUGCGAGUGGCUCUGGGGACAAGCAGGGGGCCGGGGACAUCACUGAGAGCUGCCUGGGAGCCGCCUCCCCUUAAUUAAGAGCACUCGUGAGAGC